UCCUAGCAGGAAACUGUAAUAUUGUCGUUCAGUGUUCGUCUGACGGCGUCGAGAGUUGUGUACCUGAACGUGGAGCGAAGUGGUUAAGCUGGUGUGAAGAAAACAAAUAACGUGAGCCAAGUAUUUUUCCCACAUCCUCAUUCAUCGUCGAUUGACAUCGGAUUGUGAACCCGAGCUACCAUUUUUGCCUUCGCACUGCGUGAGUCGUGUCGUCCGUUAGCCACUUAGCCUCCAAAGCUAAUGUGAGCUAGUCAGCGAAGGAAAAGCAGCAGCAUUGCUCCUCCCGUCAUCAAACACACUGUGUUAACAAGAACAUUUUGAUAACAGUUGUGUUUUUUUUUAGUCACAACUGUUGUAACCUGCUUAGGAAAUAAUGGGGUCGUCCAAGAAACACAAGGAAAAGAGUCGCGACAAGGACACGGAAGAGCGCCGUCGCGAACACAAGAAACAUCGCCACAAGGACCGAGAGAGAGACGCUUCAGACCGGGAUGCGACUCGUGAUAAAGAGAAACGAAAACGCUCCAGGUCCCGUGAAAGAAGCGGACGGGACCGGAUCAAAGGCGAAAGGAGCACCGGCGAGCCACGAGUGAAGAAAGAGAAAGUCGAUCUUGGCUACGAAGAAGGCAACAAAGAAAUGGCACCCCUGUCUGCAAGCGGAGACGCGUCCCUCAGCAUCGAGGAGACAAACAAACUCAGAGCCAAGCUGGGUCUGAAGCCUCUGGAAUUAAAUGAGAACAAGAAGGAGCUCGGCACCAAAGAGGACCCAUUGGUGGCGGAGACCAUCAACCCUGUUCUCAUUAAAAAGCAGAAAGACAUGAGAGAGAAGCUUGCAGCUAUGAAAGAAAAACGCAUCCAGAACAAGAAACUGGGAAAAGUCAAGACCAUAGCAGAGGAAGACUGGCUGGAUGACACCGCUGCGUGGGUUGAGAGAAGCCGAAAUAUGGCAAAAGAAAAGGAAUUGGCGGAGAAAAGAGCCAAACUCCUGGAAGAGAUGGAUGAGGAAUUUGGUGUCAGCAGUCUGGUGGAGGAGGAGUUUGCACACCGCAAAAAGGAUCCGUACACAUCUCAAGAUCUAAAGGGACUCAAAGUGCAGCACAAGGUGGAUUCCUUCAACGAGGGCCAAACUGUCAUCCUCACCCUGCAAGACAAAGGUGUACUCGAGGAGGAGGAAGAUGUGCUGGUGAACGUGGGAAUGGUGGACAAGGAGAAAGCCGAAAAGAAUGUGGAGUUAAAAAAGAAAAAGCCUGAAUACAAGCCCUACGAAGAAGAGGAGAGUGUGGACGACAUGGUUACGUUGAAGCCCCACACUGUGCUGUCGAAAUAUGACGAGGAAAUUGAGGGUGAAAAGAAGAAGAGUUUCCGGUUGAAUACCGGGGGCUUUGCCGAUGGGGAGCGAGAGCGGGAGAUUCAAGCCAUGAGAGAGGCUCUACGAGAUCAGGCUCAGUCCUUGGACAUGCCCGCUCUCGCCAUCGCCUCGGAGUAUUACACACCUCAGGAAAUGACGGGCUUCAAAAAGACCAAACACCGUGUGAGGAAAAUCAGGAAGAAGGAGAAGCAGACAGCUGCAGACGAGCUUCACAUCGAUGACACUCGCAACACCGAUUUUGGCUCCAGGACACGCGGUCGUGGCCGCAAACAGCUGGGUGAAGAAGGCGAGGAGGUUAAGGAGGAGAGCAUAAUGAUCAGCGAUACCCCCCGAAUGUCCGACGAUGUUAGGAUGGCAGAAAUGGAGAUGAGUGACGACGAAGGCUUUACUCCUGCUGAGCCAGUUGUAUUUGAGGAGGACGAGGCCGAGCAGGAACUGCAGAAACAGCUGGAGAAGCAGAGGAAGCUGAAGCAACGGCAGCUUCUCAAAGACUCCGGGGAGAAGGUGGCGGAGAAGAUUAAAGAGCUCGAUAAAGGCGACGGUGAAAAUGAUCCUGAGCGGAAGAACAACAUUGUUUUCAACGCCACCUCAGAGUUUUGCAGAACCCUGGGUGAUAUCCCAACGUAUGGACUGUCAGGCAACCGAGAGGACCAAGAAGACAUUAUGGACUUUGAAGAGAAGGAAGAGAAAGACGAUGCUGGAGAUUCAGACUCAGAACUGGACGAGAAUAUUGGAUGGAGCAUGGUUAACCUGGAUGAAGAGCAGAAACAACCAGAUUUUUCUACAGCCUCUGCCACCAUCUUGGAUGAAGAGCCCAUUGUCAGCUCCGGUCUUGCUGCUGCCUUGCAUUUGUGCAAGAACAAAGGUCUAUUGGACACUGAAAUGCAGAAGAUAUCCCGCGUCAGAGCAACAAAAGGCGCCUUGCCCAACGACAACUACUGCAUCGAGGACAAGAUGGGCUUCGAUGACAAGUACAGUCGCAGAGAAGAGUACAGGGGCUUCACGCAGGAUUUCAAGGACAAGGAUGGAUACAAGCCUGAGGUCAAGAUCGAGUAUGUGGACGAAUCUGGGCGGAGGCUCACUCCAAAAGAAGCCUUCCGGCAGCUUUCCCAUCGAUUCCACGGCAAAGGGUCUGGAAAGAUGAAGACUGAGAGGAGGAUGAAGAAGCUGGAGGAAGAGGCCCUGCUGAAGAAGAUGAGCAGCAGUGAUACUCCUCUCGGGACGGUGGCUUUGCUUCAAGAGAAGCAGAAAUCUCAGAAAACCCCGUAUAUUGUGCUUAGUGGGGGUGGGAAAAGUAUGAAUGCAAAUACCAUCACCAAAUAAGUCUGGGGGGAGAGUGAAUUAUCUUUAACACAAGCAUACACAUUCCUUAAUACACACACAGGAUGUUUUAAGUAAAGUAAAUGCCUACUUCAUACAAGCUUUGUUGUUGUAGUAAACAAUUGUCCAAUAAAAUGAACACAAAUUA